AGAAAAAAGGAGAGAGUUUGAAGAGGACGGUGGCGGAGACCAGAGGGCUUUGGCUUAUGCAGAGAAGUAGGUUGGUCUAUUUGACUCUACAACCUAAUAAAAGAGAGACAGAGCAAAGGAAGAAAAGUCUACUUUCUUCCAUAGCUAAAAGCUUAGUUUAGAAACCACCCUAUUCCCGCUCUCUGUUCUUUUUCGUUUCUUACGAGAAAUUUGGAGUUCUUAGACCGAAUUGAUUAUGGUGUGCAAUGGUUGUAAUAGCAAUUCUGUAAGCCCCAACUUCAUGAUGGAUGGUUGCAAUAGAAAUCUGGGGUUUUGUAUAUCGGUUUUGCUCGAAUUUUCGGCCACGGAUGAUCUGAUUGGAUUUAGGAGUGCUGUUGAGGAAGAUGGUCAUGAUAUUGAUGAAGCAAGUUUGUGGUAUGGGAGAGUUUUUGGUUCCAAAAAGAUGGGAUAUGAAGAACGAACCCCUCUUAUGGUUGCAGCCAUGUUUGGGAGCUUGAAUGUCCUUUCGUAUAUCGUUCAUAGUGGUCGUGUUGAUGUUAAUCGAGCUUGCGGUUCGGAUGGUGCAACUGCUCUCCAUUGUGCUGUUGCUGGUGGUUCUGCUGUUGCUGAUCAGGUUGUCAAAUACUUGCUUGAUGCUUUUGCUGAUGUGAAUGUUGUCGAUGCGAAUGGCUACCGGCCUGGUGACUUGAUUGCUCCUGAUUUUACUUUGGCGUCUUUGUAUUCGAGGAGGAAGGCAUUACAACAGUUGCUAAAGGGAUAUGGUAACGACGAGGACGUUCUUGGUUCAUCUGAGAUGAUUUUUUACGAGAGGGAAACACAGGAGGCACGGGAGGUUUUGACGCCUCGUGUUUUGAGAGAUGGAACGGAGAAGAAAGAGUAUCCAGUUGAUCACUCGCUUCCCGACAUCAAGAAUGGGAUUUAUAGUACAGAUGAGUUUAGAAUGUAUACUUUUAAGAUUAAACCUUGUACAAGAGCUUACUCCCAUGAUUGGACGGAGUGCCCGUUUGUUCACCCUGGCGAAAACGCAAGAAGGCGGGAUCCUAGGAAAUAUCAUUACAGCUGCGUCCCGUGUCCCGAAUUUAGAAAGGGCGCAUGUAGGCAGGGGGAUGCCUGUGAAUAUGCUCAUGGAAUCUUUGAAUGUUGGCUCCAUCCUGCUCAAUACCGCACCCGUCUUUGCAAGGACGAAACGGGAUGCACCCGAAAGGUCUGUUUCUUUGCUCACAAACCAGAGGAGCUACGCCCCUUGUAUGCUUCGACUGGUUCUGCUGUACUGUCCCCAAGAUCGAUCUCUGGUUCAUCACUAGACAUUCCAUCAAUCAGCCUGCUUACCCUUGGUUCUCCGUCAUCGACUCCGCCGUUGACUCCUGGAGUUUCUUCUCCGCUGGGUGGAACCAUGUGGCAGACUCAAUGUAAUAUUGCGCCUCCGACGUUGCAGCUUCCGGGUAGCCGGUUGAAGGCUGCUUUGAGUGCAAGAGACAUGGAUUUAGAUGCCGAGUUACUCGGUCUCGAAAGUCAGCGACGUAGACAGCAACAGUUUAUGGAUGAGUUAUCGUGUCUACCUUCCCCUUCCAGAUGGAACAAUGGCAUACCAACCCCUACAUCUUUUCCAUCUCCAAGGAGUAGAAAUGGAGAAUUGAACGGGCUCGGAGGCAUGAAUCCUACUAACCUCGAGAACAUUUACGGAUCAUCGGUAGAUCCCGCACUCUUCCCUCAAUUACAAGGACUCUCGCUCGAUUCCGUGCAAUCCCCGUCCGGGAUGCGCCAGAGCCUGAACCAGUCAUUCCUAUCAAACUAUGCUAACAGCAUUGGAUCUCCUCCUGCAAGGUCAUCUCAACCAUUUGGCCAUGACUCAUCUGUGUCUGCUGCAGAAAGCCUUCUGAGUUCCAGGGCUGCUGCUUUUGCCAAGCGCAGCCACAGCUUUAUCGAACGCGGUGUAGUGAACCGUCAUUCUGGACAUUCACCUCCAGCUACAUCUACAACCGUCACGCCUUCGAACUUCCCUGAUUGGGGUUCGCCCAACGGAAAACUAGACUGGGGAAUUCACGGAGAAGAACUCACCAAGUUAAGAAAGUCUGCAUCAUUCGGGCUACGAAGUAAUUCCCUCGCAACACCUGCAAUGCACGCUACUUCUUCCAAGCCAGACGUCUCCUGGGUUCAGUCCCUGGUGAACGAUGCUCCGACCGAGAACUCCGUGCAGUUGAGCAUGGACGAGCAGCAGCUUUGUCAUAUCGACAAUGGGGAUUCAAAGCUGUACAUGGAACAGAAGCAGCUGGUCGCUUAAGCUCCGGGGUUCGGCCACAUUUUUUUCUUUUCGCUUCGAUUUAACGGGUUAUAUUCUGAUCAUUUAAUCUAUAUAUAUACAUAUAUUUACAUCAUUGAAAUUCAUCAAGAUUGGGGAGAAGGAAUGUUUCUGCCCAUUCCAUAACUACUAGUUGUUUCAUGUGAAGAAUAACUGAUAUUAAAUGAUUAUUAAGAACUGGAAUUAUUGAGGUGA